CCAAACCAACAGCAGACAACAUCAAAAUCAGCUUCAGUUAGCUCUCUCUCUCUUCUCUGUCUCUCCCAACACCCUCUGUCAAUCUAUAUCUUGCUGCUUAAUUUCUGAAAAACAUGGUGAAGCUAGAAACGAGUCUUCAAGCAGCCAUGAAUGCAAGAAUAAUUGGGUCUGGAAGUAAGACCAUGGUUCUUGCACAUGGAUUUGGAGGAGACCAAUCUGUCUGGGACAAAAUCCUUCCUUACUUGACAAAGCAUUACCGGGUUGUCGUUUUUGACUGGACCUUUUCAGGAGCUGUAAAAGAUCCUAACCUCUUUGAUCCUUUGAAAUACUCUUCCUAUGAUGCCUUUGCUAAUGACCUAAUAGCUCUUAUGGACAAGCUUGACUUGAAAUCGUCAGUCUUUGUCGGCCACUCCAUGUCUGGUAUGAUCGGAUGCAUUGCUUCCAUUAAAAGACCCCAACUUUUUAACCGGCUCAUACUUGUUGGAGCUUCUCCUAGGUACAUUAAUAUAGAUGAUUAUGAAGGUGGAUUUGAGGAUGCAGCAAUUGACAUCAUCCUCUCCAGCAUCAAAUCCGACUAUGAUAAUUGGGCAUCAAGUUUUGCUACUCUUGUUGUGGACAACAAGGAUCCUCUCUCGGUUGAAAAAUUUGCGAAAUGCUUGAAGAAGAUGAACCAUGAAUUCGCAGUCCCCUUAGCAAAAACAGUGUUUCGUAGCGACGAAAGAGAUGUUCUUGAGAAGGUUACCACCCCAUGCACCAUCAUUCAGACCACAAAUGACAUUGUUGUGCCAGAUUCAGUUGCCUACUACAUGCAGGAGAAGAUCAAAGGGAAAUCAACCGUGGAGAUUGUCAAUGCCAACGGUCAUUUCCCGCAGUUGACUGCACAUCUUGAGUUCCUUGAUGUGCUGGGUGGAGUUUUAGGCUUUGAGAUUUGAUCAGUUAAGGUCAGAAAUAAAAUAAAUAUGUGGCCAUUGGGACAUAUUCUUUUGUGUGUUUAUGACUCUAUUGUGGAACUGACCAGUGUAGAAUAUAUUUAGUCUUUUUAUUAUUUCAUGUCUUUUAUAAUCAGUAAUUAAUGUUUUAAUUAUUAAAGUUCUUCACCUUUUGGCUUGAAUCUUAUUUUAUUAGUACUUAGGAAACAAGUGAUCUUGUGUCUUGAAUUGGAUAUUUUGAAAUUUUUUUGGUUUGAAACAUACUUUAUGGUUAUAUAUAGCUUUCCUUCUAUCUUAAUAUUAUAGCUAUAAGA